AUGCAACAGAGGACCCAGAUAUUUGAAUUCCUGAAUUAAAACGAGAUUGGGAUUCCUGUCUUCAACAUCUUUGCACCAACUGGCAUUGGUAGCAAGGAGAGAGAUGAAGCCCAGCAAGUCUUUCGGUCUGAGAAAUGUCCCGAGAACUACCAUCUAACCCUCCAUUUUCUAUAUUGGUACAAACAUGGGUUUAUAUGACUGCAGAGGCCAGGUCAAAGUCCCAUUUCUCCAUGAAUAGGGGCAGGGGGACAUCAUUACUAUGAAGCUGAAUGAGCGCAGUGUGGCCCAUUAUGCCACGUGCGACUCUCCAGCAGAUCACACUGGCUUCCUGUGUAAGCGUGUGGAGCGCCACCAUCACACCACGUCCUACCAGCGCCGCUGGUUUGUCCUCAAGGGCAACUUGCUGUUCUAUUUUGAAGAGCGGGAGAGCCGUGACCCCCUGGGGCUCAUCGUGUUGGAGGGCUGUACUGUUGAGCUAUGUGAGGCUGCGGAGGAGUUUGCCUUCGCCAUCCGCUUUGAUGGGGCUGGUGCCAAGGCCUACGUGCUGGUUGCUGACUGCCAAACGGCUAUGGAAGCUUGGGUGAAGGCACUUUCACGGGCCAGCUUUGAUUACAUGAGGCUAGUGGUGAAGGAGCUAGAGAAACAACUGGAGGAGGCCCGGAAGAACUUGGUUGUCAGCCAUAAAUUUCCAAAGAAGUCAUCUUCUGGCCGGAAGAGACAUCUCUCCAACCCCACAAUGGUACCUGUCCCGGAGCACCCUGUCAUCAUGGAGAAUGGUUAUGCUACAUGGGGUGAUAGUUAUUCCCUUGUUGGAGGAGUUUCUUUUGACCACGAUGGGGGAUAUAUAAAACCCCCACCUCUACCUCCUCGCCGAAGGCUGGCAGGCAGCAACGUAAGUGGAGUGCUGACUGCUGGCCUUGCUUCCACUGUACAGGAAAGCCCUGUGUCUCCAGAGACAGCCUGCUUCUCAAAGCUACAUGAUUGGUAUGGCCAGGAGAUUGCUGAUGUGAGGAGGGAAUGGUUGGAAAGCCAGAAAAGAGUGGAAAUGUGAACAGAGUGGUUGUUUGUCAAGGGGCAGAGAACAAUACAUGCCAAGCACAUUCACAGCGAUCUUGCUGCACUUUCUGGAUUGAUCUCCCAGCCAAGAGAACCACCAAAGAAGAUGAUAUAUAUUGCUUUCUGGAACCCCGUGACUGCAAGUCUAUCUCUUACAGUUUACCCCACCCUUCCUCUGCAAAGCUCAUAGCGGCAUAUGUACAUGAUUCGUCCCUCCUCCAUCUUUUUCUUACAGCAACCAUGCAAAGUAGGUUGCUGAGAGGGUCCAGCCCAAGGGCACCCAGGGAGCAGCUGAGUGGGGUUUUGAAGCUGGGUCUCCUCAAUCCUAGUACAACACCCUUACCACCACACAGCAGGGAAUUUGUAUGUGUAUAUGCUGGGAUACUUACUACCAGAUCUUUGUAUUCCCAGAGGCUAUCCUGCUGUCCCCAAAUCUUACACUCAACAUGUGCCUCAAGAAUCAUAACAACCUUUCAUAGUUUCGUCUGAAUGUCUCUUGCCUUCAAAACUCUAUGGGGUCACCGUAAAUUGGCUGUGACUUGAUGGCACUUUCUGCCACCAAUGUGUAGUCAAUUUAAAAAGUAUCUACAAUGCAAGAACUCACACAAACUGUAGGUGGCAUGAUUGUGUGAGAAGAGGCAUGUCCUUCCAUCUCAGCUGUUAAUCAGCUUUCUUCUGGUGGCUGAUAGCCCUAAUUUCAAGAUUAAAACGUCAUAGCUGUCAUAAAUUGCACUGGGCUUUUGCCCUGUACUGGUGAAUAUAUUUUAUAUGGACAGGCCAAAAAACAAAUCAAAUGGCUAGUGAGAAAGUUCUCCAUAUGAUAUGGGACUUGUGAGAGCCCUCUUCAAAAUAACAGGUUCUUAAUGCACAGAUUCCUGAACAGUUUGUUCAAAACUG